AUGCAGGACGCCUGGACUGCUCGCAAAGCUGAGGAGAUCCAAGAGUACGCGGAACGCAACGAAUGGAAGAACUUCUUCUUUGCGAUCAAAGCUGUCUACGGUCCGCCGACGAAGGGCACCGCUCCUCUCCUCAGCGCCGACGGCAACACUCUCCUGACUGAGAAGACGCAAAUCCUGCAGCGAUGGGCCGAGCAUUUCCGAGGCGUCCUCAACCGCCCCUCCGUCAUCUCCGACGCCGCCAUCGAGCGUUUGCCGCAAGUGGAGACCAACGUGGACCUCGACCUCCCGCCAUCUCUCCAGGAGACCAUCAGGGCAGUGCAGCAGCUCUCCAGCGGGAAAGCACCCGGAUCGGACGCAAUCCCUACUGAGGUCUACAAGCACGGAGGUCCCCAACUGAUGGAUCACCUGACUGCGCUCUUCCAAGAGAUGUGGCGUCAGGGUGAAGUCCCGCAAGAUUUCAAAGACGCAACCAUCGUGCAUCUCUACAAGCGCAAAGGGAAUCGGCAAGUCUGCGACAAUCACCGCGGCAUCUCCCUGCUGAACAUCUCCGGGAAGAUCUUCGCCCCGCAUCCUUCUCAACCGCCUCAAUAA